UGAGCCAGCUGUCAGUUCAGUGUGCGCGGGGAAGUGUCAGUGCUGCGCACACACACGUUCACUCAUUCAGACUGAUGGAGACCCGCGCGUACCUUCAGGUCUGACCGCCGCAGUGUGUUGUCAGAAUUACAAAAACAUGGUCCUGGAAAGAUUGUUACCUGGAAGGAAGAAGUCUAUGAUGACUUGAUAUAAACCAACACUAACUAACUGCACAGGAGGCGGAACAAUGCCAGACUCUGCCUUCUCUCCACCAGCUCCACCAAUCACUGCUCUGAACUGUUCUUUGGACGCAUCAAAUUGCUCCUUCGCUAACCUCUCUACAAUCGCAUAUGGCGAUGAGUGCUACGGCAGCCACUCUUUGUUUGUCGUGAUGGCCAUUGCCUACAGUGCCGUGGUGCUGUUGGGUGUCAUCGGCAACCUGACUCUCAUCCUUGUCAUCACAAGACAGCGGGAACUUCACAACGUCACAAAUGUCCUCAUCGCAAACCUCUCUGUUUCAGACCUGCUGAUGUCCCUAGUGUGUCUGCCAUUCACCUUUAUCUACACCUUCAUGGACCACUGGGUUUUUGGCGCAGUCAUGUGCAAACUCAACAGCCUGGUCCAGUGCUGCUCCGUCUCAGUGUCCAUCUUCUCCUUGGUUCUGAUCGCUAUUGAGAGACACCAGCUCAUCCUGCACCCUCGCGGAUGGAGGCCCAGCCUGAACCAUGCCUGUCUGGGCAUCAGCCUCACUUGGGCCCUGGCUGCCCUCACUGCUACACCUUUUCUGUUGUUCUCCAGGGUGACAGACGCCCCUCUGAAGCAGUUGCCUUCAGUGUUUCAGGAGCAGUACAGAGGAAAGGUGGUGUGUGUGGAGGAGUGGCCCUCUAGAGAAAUCAAACUCACCUACACCACUGGCAUGCUGGUGCUGCAAUAUAUCACUCCUCUUACAUUUAUCUUCAUCUGUUACUUGAAGAUCUACACACGUCUGCAGCGGCGUAAUAACAUGAUGGACAGAAUGCGUGAGAACAAAUACCGCAGCAGUGAGACUAAACGGAUAAACAUCAUGCUCUUCUCCAUUGUCGUGGCAUUUGCGGUUUGCUGGCUCCCGUUGAACGUCUUUAACGCUGUCAUCGACUGGAACCACGAAGUGGCUAUGAACUGUACCCACAAUCUCCUGUUCUCGCUGUGUCAUUUGACUGCGAUGUGCUCGGUCUGCAUAAACCCGGUGUUCUACGGGUUCCUAAACCGCAACUUCCAGCGUGACCUCCGGGCCUUCCGACUCUGCAAGAUUGUGUCAGUACGGGAGAACGAAUAUGACAUGGUUGCCAUGUCGACUAUUCACACGGAUGUAUCCAAGAUGUCACUGAAAAUUAGUAGCCUAGAUCUCUAGUACAAUUUUGUAAAUUAUAUUUGUGUCUGUGUUCUGAAAAAUGCACUUAAUAGAACAUCUCUUUAGAUUUAGUUCAAAAAGAAAAAAAGUGUGCAUUUAUAAUAAGAGUGAUUGUUAGUAAACAUAUCGAUUGAUGUCAUGACUUUUGCUGCAAGAAAGCAGCUAUUUUUCAAGCCUUGUAUUAUAGUAUGAUCGUAAAAUUGUACAUACAAAAUCAAGCAAGGAUGCUGAAUACAUUUCUUGUGAGGGCUCCAAGUAAAAUUCUGAAGACAUAACAGAAAUCGAGGUUCAGACGAGUGGACUGUGCUUUUGAUCACUAAGAUGAAAUCUUCCUGCUGUGUGUUUGACUUGGAGUGCAGAAAGAAGAAAUGAAAAUUAAUGCAAAGCCCAAGAGGUCACAAAUUCAAAGAUGGAUUUAAAUGUCUAAUGAAUGUCAGAUGUGACUUUUUUAAAAAGGAAGCCCGAACUGUUUCUGUACUGGAUUGAUUUGUUUGAGUUCUGAGUGUUGAAACCAAAACUAAAUUGAUCUUCUUCUUAGUUAUUCCUUUGACAAACCAAGCCUGCAGGAAGUAAAAGCCUGGUUUUAAGAGGCAUUCACGCGGACAGCAAUUUGCAGCAACAAAGUGACCUGACAUUGUUCAUUUUCAGAGAGACUUGGCAAUUUCUGAUGUCACGAGUGACAGCGACUGUUGGCGAUGUGACAAAGCUGUGCAGGACAGCACGCCACCUCCAGCAAUUUAAAAGCUGUCAGUGUAAACAAGGCUGCUGUCCUAUUGCUCACAGUGGUUUAUUUUAAACCAGGGGUGUCCAGUCCUGCUCCUGGAAGGCCUGUGUCCUGGAGAGUUUAUCUCCAUACCAUAAUUAAACCAGAAUUAAAACACACCAGAACCAGAUAACCAAGGUCUUUAGUUAGGACUGGGUAACCCUUCUUUAAAGGGGUCAUCGGAUGCCCAUUUUCCACAAGUUGAUAUGAUAAGUCUAUAACAUACUUUGGUUAACAUUUCUAAGUGGUAGUGUAAAAAACCCUUAUAAUCUCUUCUUCUGGUGAAGCUGCAUCACGAAUGAUUUGUGCGAACAUAGACGCAUUUAGGCAGAUCGGGGAUUGGCGCAUUUCCUUAAAAAACGAAAGUAACGUUAAUCCUCUGCAUCUUCAGCAGCUCAGAUGUCAGGAGUAAAUGAUGUCUGCUAUGAUCAUUAUUACAUCCAACAACAAAACACCCCAAUCGCUCAAUCAGAGACGUUUUUGUCUUCCCUUGCACCGGAGGCAAUACAAUGGCGGUUGGACUGUUACAGCUUACUCAGCUCACUUAGGGCGGGUCUAAGGUAAGACGACCGUGUCAAUCAACUAUCAUGGGAACAGCCUUGGUCUGUGUGACGUCACAUAGACAAGAUGCUGAGAAUGGCUUGAUUUGAAAAAGGGGAUAGUCCUUAUAAAGAUUAAAAAAAUACCACUGGGUGGAUUUUUGUCAUUAUAGGGUAGUUGUGUACACACACUGCCAAAACACAUUUAUGUUCAAACAACAUAUAAAAGUGAGUUUUGCAUCCGAUGACCCCUUUAAAGACUUUUUUUGUUUGUUAUGUUUUGUUACUUUUAAUCAACAUUGUACACAAACAAAUAAAUAGGAAUGUGAGUAGUUUAAUAAAUGUAUGUCUUAACUGAUGCAUAAUGAUUGUAAUUAAUUUUUUGCUAUUUCUAAUUUGAUAAUGAUAUUACCUCUACUUUAUUAUGUGUGUUCCGCUAUUGCUUACUGACAAACUUUCAGCAUAUUUUGCAGAUUUACUCAUUCAUUAUUAGAAGAAGAAAAAAAUUUGCCGAUGUAAUGCCUUCGCUGUUUGUUUUAUGGUCACUUUUAGUUUUUAGACUAUUAUUGAAAGUGUAGUAGCAAAAAAUAUUUUUAUGUUGAAACAAUUGCAGGAUUUGAAAAAAAAAAGCGUGUUUAAUGAUUUACCCUUAAAAAUUACAACAUGAUAAACAGAGGGCAAUUGAAGGUGUUAUCAAGCUCCUCUAUUGCUGAGCAGACUGUCAUGUGGUAUUGUUGGGAUUUUCCCAACAUCAGUGAUAGAUCCGUUCUAAAUUACCACAACAACAUUAUCACAAAAAAAUCAACCCAGCACAAAGGAGUCACCGUGCUUUCUGUGUCCAGAAGGUUCCACAUAUGGUUACAAAUAAUAACUUUUAUUUACUAAAGUUUUUUUUUUUUCAGAUUUCAAUUUUUGCAUGUUUGUUAUUUUAUUCUUCCUCAAAAAGGCCAUUGUUUGUUCUAAAUACAGAGCGCAAUACUGAUAACACAUUUUAAACAAUACUGUAUAUCCUAAUAGAAAUUCUUUUAGUUUAACCGAUUUCUUCCUUCCUAAAAAAAGACGUUUUUAUUUUUAUGUAGAAACAGAUGUCAUCAAUAUGACAGCUGCUGGUGCAAACAAAUGAGCAAAAAUGCAUCUCUUGAAAAAGUAAGAAGCAGUUCAUGUUUACUUUCAACGUUAGAGAAAGCUCUUUAACUUCCCACAAGAGCUUAGCGACACUGGGCCAGAAUUGGAGCAACAAAAAUAUCACAACACAAGCAAACACAUUUGACAGUUUAUUUAUUUAUUUAUUUUGAAGUGUAAGUGAGCGCUGAUGCUCUCACCACCAUUAUAGGGAAUCAAGGGGAAAUAGUGUGCUGGGAAAAUAACAAGCAAAAUAAUUAAAUAUGUAUUUCCAAAACCUGCUGUUUUCAUCCUGAAUAUUCCAACUGUGUUGUAUCUGUAGUUGUUAUAUUUGAAAGGAACUGUACAGUGUUUUUUUAAUUUAAUGGAAUAUUUUACUGCCAGUGUGGAUAUCCUGUGGAUUCUGCAGUGAUGUUCUACUUUUUGUAUGGCUCAUAUUUAUGCUUUCUCUAUGGCAGUUUUUCUGUCACUGUGUCUCAUUGUUACGUUCAGACACGUCGAGUCUAAUAAAGAUGUUCUGCAGUGCACUAUAGAUCAAACUCAUCCAUGUUUGCUUCACUGAGUGCAGUGAUCUUUUCUCUCUGAUUGGGAAUUGUAUCACAUGGCUUCUGACACAACCUUUCUUUAUAUUAUGAACACACAAACAAUAAAACGUCAUGUAAAAAAUUAA